UGAACACAUCUCUAAAUUUAUCAUUUACUGCCGGAAUGGGCUACGAUCAGAAGCGAGUGGUAUUAGGAACUCCUCGAGUAGAGUUUUUAUGCGACCUUUGCAACCAGUUAUUAUGCAAACCCACUCAGAGUGUUUGUGGACAUCAGUUUUGUACAUUCUGUAUAGAAGAUUGGCUGGAGAAAGAUCCACGGUGUCCGUACGCUUGUAUGACCAUCAAUUCCUCUAUUCACUUGUUACCACCUAAGUUACGAUUGGUACAGAAGAUGGAGGGAUUGGUACUAAAGUGUGCUUAUCUGGGUAGUGGCUGUACAGCACAACUCACCUUAGCUGAAAUACCUCAACAUGAACUGAACUGCAAGUUUGCACUAGUCAGAUGUGAGUACUGUAACGUGAAGGUGUCAAAACGUCAGCUCGCCACACAUCACUCAGUAUGCAGGAAGUGCCCUUCUGUUCAGAAGCCGAAAGAAAACAACCCUGCCAUUCUCAACGUGGAGCCAACUCCCGAGAAUACUUCACAACAUCCCCGGAAACGGAGCUCAAAAUCGCAUCGAUCAUCACCACAUCGUUCUUCGCCGCACCGAGACGAACAUGUUCAUAGAUCUGCGAGAGCUGAGAAGCGUCACGAGGUUAGGGUCGAGAAAUCUUCUGAAACUGUUAAACAUGAAACUAAACAAACAACUAAACACAGUCAUGCGGUUCCGACUAAACCUAAGAAACGUCGCUCACGUUCGAGGGAUGAACCCGUCCACAUAUCCCCUCCUAAACAUCAGAAACAGUCCGAACAUUCCCGUAAGUCAGUCAGACAGACAAGCAAUGAAAGUGACGUUAUUGCGCUUCAUAAAGACUACAGCAUCCUUAAAUUUGACAAUCAUCCAAAACAGAAAAAGAAAUCCUCAAGAAAGACUCCCAUGUCAGAGUUUGAUCCAUAUGUUAUGAUCGGGUUAAGUAGCGAGAGCAGCCCGAGCGACUCUUCGGGGGAUAGUAAUGAUACAAUAACAGAUAAAAUGGAUGGAGUCAGCUACGAUUCACAUCCUCACAACAACCAAUAUCCCAACCACGCGACACACAUGAAACUAGUGGAGGAGAAGCAUCAGAGGGUGAGGAAAUCCAAGAGGAAGCGAACAAAACGUGUUGAGAAAUCACGUGACUCUGAUACAGAAAUGUUGGAGGAUGGUGGUGAGAUUGAGGAGGAUUCGGUGACUUACAGUUAUAUAAAACGGACUUAUUCUAUCCAGUCUGUUAAUUCGGCUACGUUCAAUACGAUAGCCAAUCCUGAGCCUUAUUCUGCUCUCCAUCAAAACAAGAAAUCUAUCAGAGAAUUUGUUUCGAGGUCUGACAUUCAGAUUAACCGGACGGUUGUCAAAAGAGAACCUCCACCAGAUUCCUCAACUGGAUCUUCUUCGGAUGAUGAUUUUGGCGCCAGGGUUACAGUUAAAACUGAACCAGUAGUUAAACCGGAAAUGCUGACGGAUGAGGAAGCUGAACCCUGCCCCCAACUUGUGCCUUCUGAGUACAAUAACGGUCGUAUAAAGGAAUCACCUGGCCCGUCAUCCGGCAAGAGGUCUAAAAGACCAGCUCCUAAACCCCCAGUUCCUAAACUUCGUGUUCCAGGACCACCUCUUCCGCCAAGAACAAAGAAACAGAGUCCCCAGGAACCAAGCACUGAUUACAAGUCACAGCUUGACUCGUACAGAGCAAGACUCGAGGAACUUUCUGGCCGGGUUCUGAAACAGGAGCCGUCCCCUGCAAGUAAUGAACAAGAUCCACUGCAUCAAGUUCAACCACAGUGCAACUACGGGGGAACUGAUUAUCUUAACACCAUUCCUGAUUCACAGUUCACGUCAGGACUGAACAUCUUCCUGCAUGAUCUCAUGCUGAGAAUUCAAGACAAAAUUGAGGACGGUAGUAUCGCUUUCUCUGACGAGGAAGAGUCCGAAUCUUUUGAUGAGAUUGAUGAAAUGGACGAGGAACAGAUAGCCAAUUCAGAGCUUGUGAAGCCGUUGUUCAACACCAUCAACCAAAACAGGGACUACGCAAAGAACGAGCCUAUGAAGACUAUUGGGUUGAGCACAGCUGUUUUACCAACACUGGCUCUCAACAUGCCUCACCCCUCAUCUAGUGGCUUGGGCAGCGUCAACACAUCCUGUACCACAACCCAAGACAGCUUCCACUCGAUUGAUAUUACUUUACCGAGGGAAACUAUAGGAGUUCAAACUGAUGUAACUCCUUCACCGUCUCGAGAUCCCGGACCUCUUUACAAACACACACAAACAGACGGGAGUUACAGAAAAUCUCCUUCCUCUGACAACGCUAAUGACUCCUCUGAUCUGACUCAAACCAAAUCGGACGUAUCUGUUGGUUGCACUUCCUCCGAAGAUAACACCAAGCUGCAGACCCACGACAAAGGGGUGGGUACUGCUGAUUUCGAGCCCGAGCCUCACGAUGCGUCCGUGUAUCAUAGUGUUCUUUCACCUGGUGGAUCCACUAGUUCCUCCUCUUCCAACAAAUCUCCUCGUCGCAAAUCUCCCAAUCUUACAAAGAGUCCUGCUAAAGGAAUUUCAAAAUCCACUGCUACAGUCUACACAUACAACAGUAAACCACCAAGACCGAGGGUUGUGGAGAGUCUUGAGCCAACUUCCAAUGAGUCUUCGCUAACAAGGAACAUGAAGGGAGGGUUUACGUUCUCAACUGAUUGUAGUAGCUACGAAAGAAUUGACGGUAUACCGGGGGUUUCAGAAGAUUUGAGUAGACCGAGUAGUGGUGACAGUUUGUCUGAUAUUUCUACUCCUUUGAGCACGCUUGAUCGGGACGCUCUGCCUCCGACUGCUGAGGAAGGGUCUGAUGAAGCUGCACCUACACACAGAGAAAUAGUUGUGGAAGAAGAACAAGUUGAUCCUGUGGAGAACAAUAAACCGUCCGAUUCACCCGAGAGACAUGUUACCUGGUCUGAAAGUGUUGAACACAUCGAUCCUCCGACCUCGAAAGAAACAACCCCCAGAACAUCAGCCAACGAUCCGUUACAGGAUGUUCUCCCAACUCCACAGGAGCAGUUUUUUCGGGAGGAUGAUGAUAAAUUAGAUGAUACUGGUCAUAUUAAAGUAGAAUCGAAUGAGGUUCGCGCUAUAGCGAUGGUCGCUGCUGCUGUUGACCCUGAGCCAGUUGCAGUAGUCGGUCAUGUCACUGUUGAUGUAGAUCCUUUCCCAUUCAUGAAUUUGAGACAGGUUGAUAUUCCCCGGUUAGGUAAAAGGACACCCUCUAGAGUCAGACCAAAGACCCCUUCAAUAACAAGUAGGAGGAGAACAUACAGUGACUUAGACUAUCCAAAGGAGAGAAGGGAAUCCACUGAUAGCGGGUCAAAUGAGAAAAUCCUCAACAAUUCUAUCAAUAAUAUUUCAAGCAGUCAGGAUUUGGCUCCAAACAUCUUACCAAACCUUGCUAGUGCAGUGGACACAGGAUCAAGAGCUCGGAAUUUCUCGGCUACAAGCAACGCUUCAAAUGGUAAUGGAGAUCAUAUAAUGUUCAAUAACUUGGGUGACACCCGGUCUCUAAAUAUUACCGGUUCCAGAGACAGCUUGACCAACAUAAGCUCGUUUGGAUCAACAAGUAAUAUUGACAACAUUAGCUAUAGUUUACCCGACAUAUCUGAGUCUUCUUAUGAGGAGAAGAAGACAAACAAACAGCGUAACGAUGAUCUACCAUCGACUUCAUCUAUGAUGUCAUCGCCUACAUCAAAUUUAGCUGAUCCUCUGGGGGAUUAUGGUUCAAAUAAAGACUCGUUCAGCACUGCUACGCUGAGAAAACCUAUUAAUUUGACCAACUUGAGUUUCAAUAAUGAGGACUCAAGUGCUCGAAAACGUAGUUCUAUUGAAAGCCCUGGGUCAAGUAAUUCGGGUCAUACAGAUGGUGUCACUGCACCAGACCAAUCGAAGAUCAACUUUAACGGUUCUCCCUCUGGUAGUUCAAAACAGACGAUAGUUGAUGACAAGGGCGUACCUCAGUUUCCAGAAGUUAAUGUGGAUUUGAAUCCGUCUGAGGAUACAGAUAACAACAGCUCAGAAGUCGUCUCAGAACCGAAUUUUGUUAUUGAGGAUAGCAGCCUGAUCGCUCUCGAUACGCCGAUCGUUCCGGAAGAACCAGACACUUCAUCUGCUACAAACGAGAAAGACUCCAGCACAGGUAUAGAAAUAACAGAAAUUUCUGAUGAUACUGUUCCUGAGAUUAUUAUUCCAGACAAUGUUGAAGUAGAUUCUCAUGUCGACAUGGACAGGAAUAUCUCUGUCGAUCUUAGUAUCAAAGAUGAAGUCAAGAACGAGAUAUCGAAGGAUGUCGAGGGCAAGCACGAUGAUGAAUCCCAAAAUCCUGACCUGACAGAAGUUACCUCCGGUCCAGUUUUUCAAGAAGCGAGAUCUUCCAACGGGGGUAAGAAAGGAAAGAAAGGCAAGAAAGGGAAAAAGAAGAAUAAUGUGUGCUCCUUAUUUGAUGUUGCUUCCGAAGAUCAUUCCAAUCUUAAAGACAGUCAAGUAGUUGAACCGGCAUCUGGAAAAAAGAAAAAGGGUAAAAAAGGAAAGAAGGGUAAUAAUGCUAGUCUCAACAUUGUCUCCUAUGAUUUGGUUGAAGAACCACUGGCUCCUUCAGUCCCAAAUCUUCCUGACGAAGAUGAAACUUCUCCAGUUUUGGAUGAAGUUAAAUCUCUUGACCGUGUACAAAGGGUUCCCCGGGAAGUUGAAGGUGCCGACCAUGAUGAAGAUCGGCGAAGUACACCAGAUAAUGUAGAAGUAGAUUCUGGUAAUAAAAUCGAUGAUCUAAACACAAUUGAUGGUGGCAAUGUACCCUGUCAGGAUAUAGAGAUGAAGCAAGAUGACGUUAAAAUACCAGAUGAAUCUUCGGAAACGGAAUUCCCAACACCCAAAAUAUUGCUCACUGUACCAAUAGCCGAGCAAAGAGCAUCCGUUGGGCCUGAGGAGAGAAAGAUCGUUUUUGAAGCCAGGAAAUGCGAAAGAAGAAUGUCAACUGGCGAUGAAACAUUUGAGUCCUCCCCUUCAGAUCUUCCCAGAAAACGGGUCCCAUCUUGCCAAUCUACUCUGUGGUGGGACAAUAGAAAGCAGCUGCAAGGUUUAACACCAAGUCCUCAGAGAAACAGUAGAGAUCAUUUGGACAGCGAGAUUCGUGGUGAUAUCAGCGAACCUGCGGCUUUGAAUUAUGUAUCUGAUGGCAUAAUGGGGAUUGAUUCUCCUUCAACUGAAACCGAUUUGGACGAAGUCAAACCGGCCUCACCAGCUGUUGAAAUUGGAGAAAUGAAAGAAGACAAGAGUUCAGUUACUGGCCCUUCAAGUAAUGUCAUCAUUGCUCCUGGACCACGUUUUGAACAGCAUCCACCAAAAUGCAAGAAGAAGAAAGGGAAGAAAAACAAGAAGAAUAACAAGAAUGCUUCAGUACCAGAACCGGCGCCACGUGUUCAGCCGAAAUUCCCUCCGGGCGAUCAUGGCUCACUGAACAAACUGUCGACCGCUGAGAGUUCAAAUAUAACUACAGAGGAUUCAUCAAAACUAGACCUUUGCAACGAUCCUACAAAAGACAUACUUCAUAAUGUAAAUUUGGAGUUAGAUACUGAAAGCAUUAAAAAUGUAGUUACCGAUAGCAGUCUUCACGAUGUUCCUGUCAUCGAAAGCAGACCUUCAGACUUGGAGGGACCAAGGCAUAUGGAGCCCAUAUCUCUUGUUGAUGAAACUGAAAACAAGGAUCCAGAAUAUUCUACGCCUUCAGCGCCUAUCGAUUUGUCACCUUCAGUGCCUAUCACUCAAAUUGAAGACAAUUGCGAGGAUCUCAAAAAGAAUAACGAUGAAGCAUUAUCUCCCAACGUACAGAGCCCCAAGCACGAUGAAGGUGCUGCUGAUUUAGGGAAGUUUCAGGUGAAGAGUAAGAAAAAGAAAGGCAAAAAGAACAGAAAAGCUGUCAUAAAUUAUGAUUUUAAGGAGCCAAAUAAUGAUGGUUCCGGUUGCAACGAAAUCGAUGGUGCCCCAACACUAACAAUACCAUCAUCUUCAGAGUUUGUUGAGAACUUAACUGAAGAGCCUUCUGCAAAGCAGGUGCACGGUGAAUUUGUUAUAACUGAGGAUGGGAACCAACCUCAUGAUGAAGCAUCUUCCAAAAGUGAUCUUAUUAAUGAAGUUGCGCCUUUAGUGAUUGAUCCCGCAAACAUCAGCAAAACGGAGACAAUACCUCCGGACAACUUCGAAAACGUUCCCGGCCACAUGGAAAUUCGUGAAGAUAACAAGGAAAGAGAAAUUGCUGUCGAACUUGAGGAUGCUGCUCUAAAAAUACCUAAGGUGACCACUCCAUCGGAAGUUGAAACACCCGCAGAUAAUACUGAUGAACCACUUUCAAUUAUUUCAGAAGCUGUCGUGGAGGUCAUGUCUGGUAAGAAAAAGAAAAAGGGGAAGAAAGGGAAAGGUAACAAGAAUUCUGACUUAACUGAAGACUCGCCCAAUAACAUUCCUGCAUCAAAGGGUAAGAAAAAAGGAAAAGGCAAGAAGAAUAAAAAGAAACAGGCUAUUCACAAUCUAUCAGAUGAGGAUGAUUGUCAAGCUGCACCAAUAGAAUCUCAAGUAACGAACGAUUCUGCUGUGCCUUCUGUCAAUGAAAACAGUGUGAUCAUACUCGAGGCGAGUCAAAACCAGGAAACUGAACAGUCUCAUGCUGAACCUGAAGAGCUUGUUAAAUUCUCGCUAGAUAGUGAGCCAGUCCAUGUUCCUUACGAAGCCAGUGAAACAGAUACUAGCCACAAAUAUGAUGCUACUAAAAACAACAUCAUCUCAUGGGCCGAACCCAAGUCACCAAAAGCUACAGACGUAUCUGAGGUUGAGGAGUCAGUUCUCUUUGUUACAGAUAAACCUGGCAACAUUGACCUUGACUCUUCACCUCCUCCUAACAGAGACAGAAGAGAGAGCAAUGUACAAGGAGGCCGAAAGAGCCGAACUCCAGAUUAUAUCCCGAGAAAUCCUCCUAGUGAUGGACCUGGUGAUGGAUCUGAUAACGGAGAUUUCAGGCGGCGAACACUUUCUAGUGACUCUACGAUGCCUUAUCCUCGAAAACCGAAAAGGUAUUCCUCACUCAACCUUCUACCUCCUUCAGAUUUGAUGGGGAGAAGUACAAGUUUUUCUCCCGAAGAAAGAUAUCCUCAAGUUCAAAGCAGCCGUGAGGUGUUUGAUACUCCUAAGCGGAAGAAGGCUAUAUCAUUCGGCAUGGCAGAGGAGAGAUCUCCGAGGUUAGAUUUUGUAAAACCAGCAGCUAAUCAAAGUGGUCCACCUGUUAUACCUUUUAGGUCGACUGGUUCCCCUUCAAAUACAUCUAUGUUUUCGAGCACAGACAUUCCGCCUGUGAACAUGCAGAGAACCAGAUCGCAGUCUGAUAAUGAUGUGCCAAUGCUUAACUUCCGGGAAGAUAAGAAAUCUGGCACUGAAAAGUUCAAGAGUUGGUUGUUCGGAAAAGUCAAACCUAAUCGCCGUAAAUCACCUUCUGAAAGCGAUUGCCAGUCAAAUCUGCAGAGGUCACCAAGGUUAGAGCAGAGACCCUUCUUACACAUUUCAAACGUUACUGUCGUUAACAAUUCUAAACUAUCUCUAAAUGGAAGUUUAGCUGAAGAAAAUGAAAUUGUGACUGACGGCCCAUCAGAGGUUACACUAUCUCAAUCUCUUCUUAUUCCGGGUAUCAAACUGGAAAGACCCAAUUCUCUCACUCUAGAACGACCAUCAUCUUACUCUGGGCGAGCUGUGUCACCAAUGGACAGUGAUGUUACUCCAAAACCGAUCCAGAAAACACCCUCAGCAAAUGAUAUCCUUUGCAGUAAUACUGCCUACACAAACUGGCUUAAUACUCUUUCUGCAAUUCAGGAUGAAAAACCAGGUUCUGUUCGCAAUCUUCUCAAUGUACCCAAACCCCCUUGUCACCGAAAAACCCAUUCAGAAGGUCGGCAAAUUGAUGUAACCUUUAUGAAAGACUUGUCACCUGUGUCUCCAACGGAGAGUAAACCUCCUACUCCACCUCCGUUCGCAUCAACUCACAGAGUAUCCUCAAGACCUCGAGUGAGAUCAGCUAUACAAGCCUCUGAAGAACACAAGACAAGCCCUCUCAGUGACGCUAAAACACCAUCAGCUAACGACAUAGACAAAUCAUGGACGGGCCUUCUUAAGUCUUGGAUCGUAGACAAUUCAGGAUCUCAGAGUAAGAUUAAAUCGUCUAAUGAUGUUAGAAGACAGAAUUCUCCUAAAGCGAGACGUCGAGGUUCUGAGAUUAUAGAGACCGAAAUCACAUUCCCAACUGAAGUUAGCGCAUCACCAAGGUUAUCUCGGAUUGAUCUUUCAAGUGAUAAUCGGUCUCGAGAAAACAGUAAAACAGAUAGUUUCUCUGGUGUUUCUGCUGGUUUAAUAAGUAAUAAUGACUUUUCAGCUGACAUCGACUCAUUCCUUGAAUCUGAAAUAGACAAACUGAAAGAUUCUUACGUCCCACAAAAACCCUCAAAGUCUAAGAAGAGAACUAAGAAAUCUAAACGGAGAUCUAAAGAUAAGGAAGUGGGCACACCAACUGUUGAUGAUUAUGAUCACGUGCCAAACUGUCCAGGUGAUGAUAGUGAGGUUUCAAGAGGUUUUUAUGAGGACAAAUCAUAUACCAAAGACAGCGAACCUUGCAAGUUCAACCCGAAUGCUCGUUCAUUUGACGAUGGGAUUGUGGAACCUGAUGGAGUCUCAGCCGAAUAUAUUGAGCCCAAAGAAUCUUUACCAGAGAAGAAAAUAUCUAAAUCUCACAAAGAUUCUUCACAAGAGAAGAACCCUAAACCCCACAAAAAGGUUGUCGACGACGAGUUGGAUGACACAACCUCGAUUAGAUCAUUCAAAUAUGAUGAUGGUUUUCAUCGGGGUCAGUCUUUAACAGUUAGCAGUUACCUUGAUGGUGCUCUUGAUCAAUUAAAAUCAAGGUCGGUAACGAACUCCAGUUCAUCUGGCGGAGGAUUUCCUGAACAACCCGGUAAUGCAAGGCAUUCUGCAUCACCAGUGAAGGGUAACUUUGCUCUAAGUGUUGAUGGGAACCAGGGAGGAAAACAUGGAAGGCAUGCUAAGGGAUCAUUUUUGACCCCAGAUCGUAAUUUAAGUGAUGACGGCGAUGCGUUCAAGGCCAGGACAAGUUCUGGAUUUAACCCAUCGUUUGAAAAAUCCCCUAGUGUUGAAAUGUUAAAGGUAAUUAAAUCACCUAAAAGGAUAAACGAAUCUGCUUGCUUCAUUCCUCUUGACCUGAAUGUGACUCCACCUCAAAAACCAAAGCGCAUGAUGAGAUCCGCCACGAUAACCUCUCCUAAAUGCAGAAACGACAUCGAGAGUGAUAAUGAUGACGUUUUUAUCGCCCCAGAGACUGUUCCUGUUACCAAUAAGUCACAUUCUGAGAGUGAACUUAGUGCUCCUGAGAAAGAUAACGGGCGGUUAUCUCGAAAACUCCUGUUCCCUCGCUGGGCAAGGCGUAGAUCGAGGUCUGAGUCUAACCAUGGUCCUGACGGGAGGUCUCAUAAAAGUAACAAUGAAACGUUUGGUAUUCUAAAUGCCUCAGAGCUGGACAUGGUUAUGACUCCCAAGAAAAACUUUCAAGUGUUCAAACUAGCCGAUGGAAGGGAGAUUAAGUACGACAUGGACACCAAAAAAGAAACUGUCAUCAGUAAUCCUAAUAACGUUGUGCAGGAACCUCAUCCGGAGUUCACACCUACAUCGCUACUCCCUGUGUUAGACCAGCUUGAUAGAAUACAGUCAACAUUCGAUGAUUUGGCUCUUUGCAUAGCAGAUUCUAAUAAACCAUCUGGAUCUCAAGUCAGAAGAACUAAUUCACUGCCGGGAGAGAGCUCUUUUGGGAAGUUUUCUGGAGGUAAAACUCCCCAAACUGAUCAAUGGGGUAAGGAUAUCGAUCUUGACAUGAAGGAACUAACUGAUCUUAUCAACAACUUUUGUCAAGAUAAAGGCGAUCAAAGAAACUCUGUUGAAGACAUUUUGGACGCAAUGGUGAGGUCAAAAGAGAGACAUAGUGGUUCUUUUGGUAGUGCACACUCUGGCGACAGCUUCAAAUCCAUUUCUGCAGAAGAAGCACCUGUUGUUCAUGGUUCUAGGAUUGAUAAUACGAGAAGGAACCUUCUAUCAAUGCUAACGGAUCUAAGCAAAUCUAAAUCAACCUCCGCCAUCAAUACAUCAGCUUCAUCGUCGUCCGGUAAUCCCUCUGCUCGCUCAGAGACUGAUUUAUCAAACCGUAAUCGUGAUGUGUUAACUGAUGGAGGCAUCACUGCCACGGUAGCUGUAGCACCAAUAACUGCGGCAACACUCACCAUUCCAACAAUACUUGUUGAGCCUCCGUCGAAGGGUAAGACAGACAAGGGUAAAAAUAAAGGAUUGUUUGGAAACCUUAAAGCAAAGAAGCACCACACGAGCGACAAGGACUUGUCUGAGCAAAAAUAUCGUAGAAAACGAGCGUACAGUGAUUCCAGGGCAUACGAAAAGGAAGAGAAGAUUGGAUUCUUUGAAAAUCUUAAAUCUAAAAAGUAUCAUGAGAGUGAUGAAUUCAAAUUAGAUGAAAAUGGGUUUUUGGCUCAUGUCAUCAAGACUAAAGAAUUUCAUAAAAGUAGUGACUGGAUUGGUCCAAAACCGAAAAUUCAACGAGGAUUCACAAAUGCUCUCAUUAGAGAUCCUUCAAUUCCUCAAGAUGAUCGAAGGCCUUCUGAAUAUAUCUUGCUUCAUGAUGGGCCUCCUAUGUAUCACAAUCAACGUCCCCAUCGGCAGAUCAUGCUAGACUUAGACAGUGACCCAAUACAGAAUUAUUAUGAAGACCGAACUCUCUAUGAUAAUCGGUCUCUUCCAAAACAGAAGAUUAAUGACCAGCGUGUUGAUGACAAGUAUGCGACCCUACCAAAGGGCCGGGGUCGGAACAUGAGUAUCACCCCUCCAGAUGAUCAUUCACUAUGGGGGAGCAGCCAGAUCAGUGAGCAACCAGAUGCAUCUCUCCGGCGGACUAGAUUCAAUAGUGACUGUCAAAAUAACAAUCGACCAAUCCCCUCUAGACAGAGAAACUUCAGUGAUCAUACAUUGCAUGAUAUUCAGUCUUUACCCGAUAUUCCGGGUCUCCAAAAUGUCCCCAGGUCAAGGAAUAAAUCAUCUGCCAGCAACUUAUCAUGCAUCACUAGCCCAGCAAGUGACGUCAGUGGUUUCUCGGACAUAGAUUCUCUUCCUAAUGUUCCUGAUCAUCCUAUGCCUGAAAUCCUAAAAUCACAAAUGACACGCCCCGACUUCCUUCCCUUGAUUCUUACAGAUACAGAGUUAGACGAAGUAUUCUCAUCGAUAAGAGAAACAGAUGAAACAGAGUCAAAGAACACUGAAAGUAGCAGUCGGCCAAGUACCUUGCCAGUUACAUCCACUCCGAGACGCCCUACAAACCUUAAAUUAACAACUUCUCCUGAGGAGGGUCCAUUCUUUAAUUUCGGUAGUGCUUCGAGCGAGAGUGCUCCAGAGACUCCUAAAGUGUCGGAAGAGGAAGGUAGUCUGAAAGAAACUGAAAGUGUUAAAAUGGCUGAGAGUAUAAAAGACUCUGAUAGUCAGAAGGAGAAAACUAUCUCCCAUACAAGCCUCAAAAGCUCCUCUAAGUCUGACGAUGUAUAUUUACUACGGUCAAAAAUUAGAGACUCUUAUGGGAAAACUUCGAGUGAAGGCCAUACAUCACUUGGUGAUAACCGACCUGUUGCUUUAGUUGACGUUGCCAAAGCAGACUCUGAAGAUACAGUUUUCGUCUCUCGAUCUGAACUCGGACCUGAGUAUGGCGUGGAUACAGAUAAGUCGUACGGUAUCUCUCCUACUGGAAGCCUUAGUGAUGAGACGAUGGACAACAUCACCAUGCUCCUAAAUAUUGAAGCAAGGCUCAAUAAGCUGUCUUCUCCAGUCAAGGACGAUCAAUCAGAAGGAGAGCACAGCCCACUAAAGUAUGAUGACAGCAGCAGCAGCAGCAGCUCUCAACAAUCACCAGCAGGACAGGUUUCCAUGGGGUUUCAACCGGAAAUGUCCCCAGGUGGGAUUAAUUCUAUAUCUGCUGAUCGGGAUUCCCCUAUCACUUUCUCAGCAACUGAGAACAUCGAGAGCACUGAUUCAAAACCUUAUUACAACUUGUCGUAUGUUAACGAUAUUUCGUUCAAUGAUUCCAAUAAUGACAGCUUCAAAGCAUCAGUUCCUUGCUCUGAUCGGCAGGGUCUCUCGCUAAACCUCGAUAGUUCGAGUGAUCAACUAGACUCCUCAGUUCAAUCUGACAAUAUCUUCGUUUUGAGGGAGGAGCUUGGUAGUAGCUAUGGUGGAGACCUGUCAAAUGCAUCACCCUCUCCACAAAACUCCAUUGGUAGUCCUUCUCCGUCAAAGACAGACUCCUCUAAUAGUCCCACAGUUUCAGAGUUCUCUAGAAACUUCAUCUCCAUAUCUAAGGAAGAAGGUGGAAGUGAGGAGUUCUUCUUACCAUAUUCUGUCUACGACGACAGUCCGGACCCAGCACUAACUUCAGUUGAUAUACAUGAGGACGAUUAUCAGACCAUCCAUAAGCUUUUGAAUGAGAUUGAAGAAGAUGGUGCUCCUGAAGACCCACUUGACAGAAUACUACGGAGAUCCUCCAUAGAGUCAGCUUCAAGUUGUGCAACAUUCCAUUCAGGAAUAGAGUCUGACAGUAAUUACAACUCUGUAGAGGAAGACGUUGCCUCAGAGUUUGAAGAAUUUGAUUCUCAAAGGUUCCGAUCAAUGCCUAAUCUGCCGACUCUUGAAGGUGCCCGCUGUGACCUCAAACAAGCUGAGAGUAUUCUGUCCAUAGGAUCCAACAUCAGUUGCAGUGGGCUGUAUUCAGAGGACGAUGACGCUAGCCUACCCAGUCAGAUCACUGACACGACCAUCACCGAGGCUGAAGAUUAUGCACCUCAUUUCGUGCUCCUAUCAUCCUGUGAGCGUAUUGAUGAGAUGGAUUAUGAACAAAACGUCGAUGAUGACGAAAUUCCACCUGGUUAUCAAGUUAUUGAGUACGGCGCUACUGGCGUUUCAAUAUUCCCUGAACCAUCAAGUGAUGGUGAAAUAAGUUCUGCUGAGGUUGACGGCUUUCAACUUAACAAUCUAUCAGGACAGAAGACAUCAGAACUGUCGGGAAGUUUAGAGAUUGAUAUCGCAGAAAACUGUGAGCAAACUGUCGGUGACGUCAAUACCGAAUUAUGUCACGUGCGAUCUUUAGACCUUGAAAACAGUAAAAUGGAUGGUCUUAUUGUGGAAGACGUGAGCGACUCAGUCGAAAAUAUUUCCUGCCUAACACUUUCGACUUAUGAAAUAUUCGACUCUGAAGAUAUUGAUGAUGUUGAACACCUAUCUGUCACUGAAGAAAUGGUGGAACCAAAGCUGGCUUUGUUCGAUGCUAGAGUUGCAGGCGUUUCAGCCGCUAGAGCUAGACCCAUUGAAGAGAAAUACAAUACCUCACCUUUUAAGAUCGUGAUUCCAUCAAGAGAUGAGAUUCUGUCACCUGUCAGCGAGUACUUUACAGAUGUAGAUACUUACUACACUUCGGCAGAUGAUGAUGUGACAUCUGCACAGGAGGAGGAUUGCUUUGAUUUGUCGGAUCUGGAGAAACAUGACGGAGAUAGUGAGCCUGAUCACGAGUCUGCAGCAGCUGAUGAAACUACCAUGUUUGACUUUCACCGUGAUAGUCUUGUUGAAGAAAAGGCUCCUUCAUCUCCUCACGCUUCUCUGGUAUCACUGUCUACAACUGAGUGUGCACUAUCUAGCCGGGAGUCAGUUCUUGCCGAGGAGGAGUUAUGUGACUCAACAGCGCUUAACAGGAUCAUGAAUACCAAGAUAAACAAACUGGAUGAAUGUAUGGCUCAGGAGGGGUUUGAAGCUGUGUCAGAACCUGUUGUAGACUCGUUCAACACUCAUAAAUAUGAAAAUGUCGAAACGUUGGGGUACUACAUUGUUGGAGAUCUCAAUAGUGAUUCCAGUUGUGCUGAGUCACGAGAUGAUAUCGAGGAUCCAAACCAAUCUUCAUCGUCUGGAUUUAAUCAGAACGAUUCCUCCUGUUCGGAUGAAAUUACCCAUCUUGGGUCUAGAUCUGAUGUUGACACUUACUAUACGUCAGCGGAUGAUGACAAGGCUUCGAUUCUUGCAGAUGAUUGUAUUGAACCAUCUCCAAGCCCAACAGAGAUACCGGAUUUUUACUUGGUUGAAGAGGAUGCUCUGUCACAUUCAGGGUCGCUGACGAGUAUGAUAUUCGAUGACAGGUUUGAUACUGAUGACCUGAGUGGAAUAAGUGUGGUAGAAGAAAAGAUCAAAGUGACCACUUCCUCGCUCAUGGAUUCGAAGGUACAGUCAUUGCUCAAAUCACGGGGAAAACAGUCAGUACCAUCAGAUAAUGAAAAAACAGACGACAAUCUUCUCAAAGAAGAGGCUAUCAGUAUCAAACCUAGCAGCUCCUGUCUUUCACUUUCUACAGCUAGCUAUUACGGAUCUGUUACUACUCUCGACGAGAUAGCAGUAGAAGAAGAAUGUAUUGAGUAUAGCUCCUCUGUAUUUGAUGCUAGAGUUGAGAAGCUGAUCCGAGAAAAGAAUUACACCAGGCUCCUGGAUGAGUCUGAGAUCAGUGUUCAUCUUGAAGGUUAUCAUGAAAAUUAUUCUCGUGAAAAUCCUCGUGGCAGCAAACAAAGUUUGGCAUCACCUCAUUCUGAAGAUGGCUACAUAUUGACAGAUGCUGACACCUAUUAUACCUCAGCUGAUGAUGACAGAGCUUCUGUUCUGGCAGAUGAUUGUAUUGAACCUUUAGAUCCGGCAGUAUUACUGGAUCUUGAGUUGAUGGAAGUUGAUGUUUCGUCAGAUUCAGAGGAAGUUUCAAGUAUUGUGUGCGAGGACAUGGUAUUCGAUGAUCUGUAUGAUGACAAUCACGAAUCUGUUGAAAUAAUCGUGGAAGAAGACAUCAAUGUAGAUACUAUGUCCUCAUUCAUGGAUUCAAAAGUGCAGCUCUUACUCAAAUUUCAAGAGUUAAAAUCGUUGCAGUUAGAUGCAGGGAACAAAGCCACCGACGGUGGACUUCUUGAGGAACACUGCAGUACCGGGCCUGGUAGCUCUUGUAUCCCAGUUUCAACGGCUAGCUACACGGAAUCUGUUACAUUGCUUGAUGAGAUUGACGUCGAGGAGGAGCUUUUUGAGCGUAGUUCCUCUGAUUUUGAUGGUAAAGUGGAACAACUUCUUCAACAAAUUGACAACAACGAAAUUCUUAUGGGACCUAAAAUCCGGGUUGCAGUUGAUAACGACCAGGCUGAUGAACAAGGUCGUGACAGCAGGCAUAGUGUUGCAGUUGAUACCGAUCAGGCUGAUGAAGAAGGUCCUGACAGCAGGCAUAGUGCGUUAUACCCUCCGAGCGAACUUGGAGAUGGAUACGUGAUGACUGAUGUAGACACUUAUUACACGUCCGCCGAUGAUGAUUGUACCUCGGUGCUUGCUGACGAUUGUAUAGUUUGGACUGAUGACAACAAAGAAGUCUCCAGUACCAAAGGGAACUUAUCGUGGCCUUCGUCAGCUGAUGACUCCGCUCAGAGUUCUGAUGAAGAUGUUGUAGAUUACAAUUUUGAGGACCAAACGUUUGUUGACGAAGAACAAAGCAGUUCUAAUGAACAAGUAGGUUUGCUUAUUGAGAGUGCAGCUAGCUCCGAUGGAGAUGAAGAUAAGCUCAAUAUACCUACUCAAGAAUUCCUUUGUUUUGAGUACGAUCAAGAAGAAGUUCCACACGUUGUAUCGGAAGUUAGCGUCACUGACGAGUCGGUGAUGUUACGAAAAGUUAACAAUUUACUCCAAACCAUAGUUCCUAGUGGAGAUUCUACAAAUCUUAACCUCUGUGAGGAGUCCGUAGUUGAUGUGACUGGCACUAAGAAUAAUUCUGAUGAAAAAUACCGCGGCAACGAACAAAACAUAGCUUCGCACUCUCAAGAUGACAGGCAUGAUAUAUCCAACUAUGUGCUAACAGAUGUUGAUACAUAUUACACUUCAGCGGACGAUGACUACCCUUCUGUCCAUGGUGAAGAGUGUAUCAUCUGGUCAGGUCCCUCUCUGGAGGACUGCCGAGUUUACGAGUUAGCAUCCUCUGAAAACGAGACUGUUUUUGAGGCAGUUGUCCAGGGAGAAGAGGAGUCUUGUUAUGAGAUGUGUGAGAAUGGAGGUUGGACAUGGUUUGGGCUGGAUGAAGAUAGCUUGGUUGUGGAAGGUGUAGGAAGCUCAGAUGACAAUGAAGGAACUAUCUUAUCAACUGAGGAAUACUUUAGCUCUGGAGAUGAAGAUGGGUCUAUUCGGGCUGAGUGUAAAAUACGGAUCAGGGAUGAUACAGUAAUGUGGAGUAAAGUCAACAGCUUGAUAGAAGAUCGGAUAUCAAUACACGAAGAAGAGUUCGAGUCUGCAGCAGAGUUAGAGUUUGUCGUAGAAGACACCCCUGAAAUUUAUAUCGAAGAUGAACCGUACACUGUCUCCGAAUUUAGAAUAGCCUCACCAAAUGACGACUCUUCGUUCGAACUUCUAGAAUUGUCGACUGUAGAGCUGUUAGAGGUCUCUGAUGGGCAGGAAAUAUGCCGAACACCUGACCUCUCUACUUACAACCCAGCUGAACAGAAAGUGAUCCAGACUGAUGCAGAGACAUACUACUCCUCCCCUGAUGACGACUGUGCUUCACAAGGUCAUGAAGAUUGUCUGGCUGAUAGUGCUCCUGUUGAUAGUAUCAACCUACGUUUUGAGGGUAUACCAACUACUGUUUGCUUGCCUGAUCUCGGGUCUGUUGCUCUCAAUCUCUCUCAAAGUAACAUUACUGACCUCCCAUCUCCAGAUUCCGACUUGACUCCAAUGAAUGCUCAUGAUCCGGAAAAGACGCCGAUGAUUGCUCGAAGGUCUUUUGACGCUCCAAUGAAUGCUCCUGAUCCGGAAAAGACUCCGAAGGUUAUUCGAAGGUCGUUUGACAAUACCGAAAAUCUCAGCGAUGAUAGUGACAGCGACCCUUUGUCAACAUCUCCCCAAUUCGAAGAUAUAGUCAAGCUAAACCCAACGUUCAUUAUCAAAGACGAGUCAGACUCAUCAAUGGUGAUGGUUGAUAUAAAUGACAAUAAUCCGGUCUCCGAAGCUUCUGCUAUACCAGUUGAAAGAGAUCACUGUCAACAGUUUCUAUUGGAAUGCCAUUACAGCUCAGCCAACGAAACAACUCACUCGGAUGGUUUGACAGCAUACAUGAGCUUUGAAAAUCUACCAACUGAGAGGGCUAGCAGUUCAGCUUCACAAGAAUCACUUACUAAGAUAUCAGCUCUAUCAAGUGGUAGUAAUUCCAGCUUACCAAUUGACAGUGAUGUUGAACAAGUUCAGCUAUCUAGUGUUGAUAUCAGCUCACCUAAACUGGUUGAAGAAAAACGAGUUAAAAAGUUCCGCAAGAAACGGAAGUCUUCUCAGAAUUGUCCAGCAGUCCAAGAUUCCACCACAAGCCAAGAUGAGCACUCUGACUAUGUUUACGUGGAACGACCUAGACCUGGCAGUCACAAGAGAGCUGCAGCUGUGGUAGAAGUGACUGAUGUGCCGGUAGUGACAGUUGAAGUGAAAGAGGAGCUCACAGUUUCACCUCCAAAGGAAACACAGAUUGCUCUGGAGGUGGAAGAGGUCCCUCAAUCUCCUUCUAAAGACAUUAUUGCGCUGAAUCUGAGUUUGGAACAGGAUAGCUUCGAGCAACUAAAGUGUGCAGCUUCUGAAACCCCGAUUAGUAUAAGGCGAGAUAGUCCUAGUGAGGGUCAGUCAGAACAAAAAAUGGAGAGCGAUGGUUCAUCCGAACCGGCCAAGAUCGUUACAAUUGAUGUUGCUGACAAAUUAUCUGAACAAUGCUGUUCGAAGGUGACUGAGGGAAAUACUAAGGGGUCGCAGAUAUCUGAAGAGUCGGACUUAGAGUUUCUUUCUGUCCUCCACGGACUCAAACCAAUUCCUAAAUCAGACUUUUAUGAGGUCAAACGGACAGUUAGCCCCAUUAAGAGGAAACCGUCCAAGCGACACAUGCAAUCCUGGGCUCGACACCUUCUAAGUGAGAGAACUUCCUCUCCCGAAUCCAUAACCAUGGAAACUGUCGAUGCCACUGAGGCCUCAGAAAUCUUAGUUGCUCUUAACCCUUUGGAAACCGUUGUAGCCACUCCAGUUGAAUCUCUUCUUCAGUCAUUCUCUCCAGCCUUCUCUGGUGGUACUUUCUCUAAACAUCGAAUCCUAUCUAGUCCCAGAACUAAUUCGACUUCCGACAAGGCAGUAGAGCGGACAGCAGAUGAUGAAAUCGAGGGAAUAUACUUCAGUGGAAAAUCUUUUCCAAUCAAAGCCAACAAAAUUCAAACCGCUGGACUGUCUUCUGUAUUGUUUGAUGACAAAUCCGAGCUAUCAGACGUCGACGAGGAUAUGGAGAAAUUUGAGGAGCAAAUGUGUCGUGAAAACUUCAAAGCUGUGAUGAAUGAGCUCAUAUUCGCUGUUGGAAUGUUCGGAGAGGGAUCUCAAACUGAGUCCUCUCCUACAUCUACUCCCCGGACUAAAGGUGAACCAACCGAACCCACUCCAUCAACCUCUAACUUCUUGGACCUCUCCAUGUGCGAAUCGUCUUGUGACGAAAUGGGGAGGGUACAAGAGGCUAUACAUCAGCAGUACUACAACCAGGUUGUCAAGGAGAUAAAGGAUUGGAGCUAUGACCCAGAGUGUGAACUAGACGGCGACCAUAUAGCUGCUCGUCUUCGCAGUCACUCCGAACCAUCGUCUUCAGAAGGAGAGAGACCACCAGACUGCAUAGAGAGAGGUACUAUGUGUGGGUCCGAUACCGAGGUUUGUACUCCUGUUAAACCACCGGGACCUAAACUACCUCCUUGUCCUGACUCUCCGUAUCAGAAGGCGCAGAGCUUGUCAGUUUCCUUGAAAUCUCGAGAUAAGAAGUUCCAGUCCAAGUUAAAACCGUGCAGGAACCCUGAAUGUGACGCGUGUCAGAGGAGGAGGAAACGAAGGUCAGACCGCUGGAAGAACUGGAAGAUAUUGAACCAGGAUGGUAAUCCAUGUGAAACGAACUAGAUUUGAGAUUAACCUAUUUAUUUAUUGUCUUGUAACUUGAUAUUAUGAAGCGUAAGCUCCAGAUAAAAACUUAUUGUAUUGAGAAAAUCGGACACUAUUUCCUGUUUGUUGGUUGGCAAUUUUAGAUUUAAGAUUUAAAAUAAAAGUUAAUAGUUGUAUGUGUCAUAAAGAAGGAGGUUUAUUGCUACAUAUCUGUUAAUUGUCCCAACUGGUAUUAUAGAACAUUAUUUCAUACUUAUCUGCUUAUUUUAUCACAGAUAAUAAACUUCAUAGUUUCAAUUAAUUCUCGAACUGUACGGAUUUAUAUUGCAUUGAUAGCUAGGUAUUUUUUCAGAUAUUUCUCAGAAUUCUAUCCUUACCAGAUGUGUGAGUUUAAUAAAGUAAAUCUGGCAUGUUCAUUGCAGUCAGUUUCAUUAUAUUUGUUUCAAUUUGCUAAAUUAUUUGUACGGAAUUUUGUAAAUAUGUUCAGCGUGUUUCUGCGUUCAAGGAAUGCUUGCUUUAUGGUAUUUCCAUAAUAACUUUUUAUUGCUUUCCAGAUGAGGUAGUUUAUAAGAAUA